AUGCCUGGCAAUGAACUCGGAGACAGGGUCCACAAUUUCUUUGCACAAGACAACUUGCCACAGGAACAGCAUCAUUCACAAACUGUAGAAGGGAAUUGGCCUGUGCUAAACAACAAUUUCUGGGUUGGCAGCCAGAGAAAAAUUGAUUUAGCACAUUCUGAUUCAGAAAAUUACGGUUCACAAAUCUCAGAUAGAGGUAUAGGACAGGGCAGUUAUGCUCUUCACGCUUCACAUGGCUCGAAUUUUGAUCAAGCUACUGCGAGGUCUAGUUUUGCUAAAAGUCAAUACCAAAGCGAACAGUCAAAUUUGAAUGGCUAUACAUAUGGAAAUCAAGUUCACCAGACGAGGCUUAUUGAAGCUAACUCUCUGACAGUGGAUGCAGAUUCUGAUCAGCAUCAUCUAACUACCUCGAGAGGCCUAUCUAUCCAUGAAUUCCAGAAAGGGAGCGGCCUUGAACAUCAAGCAAAAAAUUCAUUGAGCUCAGAAGCAAUCUCUCCCUUGAGUUUUGAUCUUUUUGGUGGUCAGCAGCAGAUGAGUUUUCAGCAAUCAGGCAUGCUGCAAUCUUUGCAACAUCAACAAUCUGGGCUCAAUGACAUGCAGCAAGUGCAACAACAAGCCUUUAUCAAGAAAAGGCAAGAGCUUCAAAGACAGCAGCAACUAGAUCUAAAGCAACAGAAUUUGUUUAAUCAGAAUUCCCCCUUUGCUAAACCGGCAUCUGGUAGCCAGUUAUCUCUUAACCGUGGCACUCCAAAUUCUGAUGCAUCAAAUUAUGCAUGGACGGUCGACCAUGGUAAUACAAACUGGCUGCAUCGUGCCUCCAGUGGACUUGCUGUUACUCCAAAUCUUGGUCAGACACAACGCUUAGCGGAUUUGGUGCCUCAACAGGUUGAUCAAUCUCUUUAUGGAGUUCCUGUUUCUAGUUCAAGGGGUCUAGCUGUAAACCAAUAUUCACAGAUGGGAAAGGAUAGAUCUCCUAUGCUGCAAAUGUCGACCAAUAGUAAUUCUCUUCCAGGCCAAUAUACUGGUUUGCAAGAUCAGAUUAGUGUACAGGGUAGGACAUUGAUAUCUGGACAGAGAUUUCAGAAUGAAAAUAUGUUUGGACAUACUUCUAGUCAAGCUUUAAAUACUGGGAUAAAUAUGGAGAGCCUCCAACAUGUGAAUCCCAUGCAAGGAAACACACCUCAGCAGGACUUCUGGGGGAGGCAAGAGCUCUCUGUUCCACAGGAAGCCUCAACUGACAAACCAACAAAACAAAUUGCUGCUUCUUCGAAUGAAGGUGCCCUGGAUCCCAUGGAAGAAAAGAUUUUGUUCGGAUCGGAUGAUAAUGUAUGGGCUGCCUUUGGCAAGAGCAAUAAUAUGAGUGACGAAACUGUUAAUUUAUUUGAUAAUGGUGGGUUAUUGGAUGGGGUUCCUUCUCUUCAAAGUGGUAGUUGGAGCGCUCUUAUGCAAUCAGCUGCUGCAGAAACUUCUAGCAGUGAUAUGGGGUUGCAGGAUGAGUGGAGUGGGAAACAAUUGGCAUCUUUGGCUGGUGACAAUGUGCGACUGCCUUCGACUAUGGGUUCUGGAUCUGCUGCUCCUUGUGAUGGCACCAAUACUAACAUUCACUACCAGAAUUUUAUGGGAUUCAAUCAUUUUGGACCCAAGUUUCAAGGUGGACCUGGUCAAAGACUGCAGUCAGAGAAGUCUCAAAGGCUUGUUUCCUUGGAGGAAGAAGGCAAGUGGUCGGAUAGCAGUUCACUACAAAGAGUUGCUGAAGGGAGUCAGAUGUAUAGGAAUGCCUCGCAACCUUCUCUUGAUGUAGAGAAAAAUGCAAAGAGCAUUUCUGCUCCUUUGGUCCAUGAGCACAAUGGAGCUGGACAACUGCCAAAUGAUUGGAAUACUUCAUCAGCUCUCUCUUAUGGUGGAGAUCGGGUGGUAAAUGACCGUGAGAUUGGAAAGUUGUCACAAAAUUCUCAAAGCAAUCCAAUAAAGGCGAUACAUGAAGAAGUGGAUCAUAGACGUUCUUCAUGGAAGUUAAAUACUGCUCCUAGUUCAACUGUUGAAUUGGGUAGUAUGAAAUCUUUUGUGGGAAGUCCUCAAGUAAGUAAAGAAGGCUGGAGUUUGAAUGAUGCUGCUUUAGUACCUAACUCAGUAACCACAAGGGUUGAUGAAGAAGCCAGUCCAUUUGUUCAAAAUAAUUAUUUAUUUCAUCAAUGGAAGAAUGCUAACUCUUUGGUUAAAUCCCAGGGGGGUGAUGGCUUGGGGAGAAUGCUGCACCAGGUUAAUGAAGGCAAUAAGGAGGAAAUUACAAGACAUGAGACGAAGAAUUAUGAUCGGACGGAUAAUUCUAACCACAGCCAUCAGUCUAACUUAUCUCAGCACACUUCUGCUGGUUUCAUGGGACGUGGGAUGUCAGAUACUAGUGAUUCACAAUCUCUGGCACCAGGGAAACAAAAGUCAAUUAAUGAGUGUGGCCAUAAAGUUUCUGGUACUCACAAGUUCCAGUAUCAUCCCGUGGGAAACCUGGAUGAGGAUAUUGAACCUUCCUAUGGUUUCAAGCAACCUAUCCAUGUACAGCGAACUUCGUCACAAAAUAACGAGUUUGAGCGGUCAAAGUUUCUGGGUCAGGUUCCAAAGAAUUCGAUUGUAAUGGAAAAGGGGCAGUCUUCUGAUCUUCAAGUAGACAGUAAAAGCCCUGAUGAGGGGCCAUCCCUUGAGAACCAGUCUGGCCAUGGCAGAUCUGUUGAUACGCACGCAUCAAACAAGGCUUCUCCAUCAAGUCGAAACAUGCUGGAUCUUCUUCACAAGGUGGAUCAAUCGAGGGAUCAAGGUAUUGUGAUGCACUUUGAUUCCUCAAAUGGCAGUGGACCAUCUCAACUGCCUGAAGCAGAAAACUGGGAUGGGCUAGUUGGCCACCUUCAAAAUACUCAAUCUUCUGUCUCUCAAGGUUUUGGAUUACAACUUGGUCCUCCAUCUCAACGCAUGCAUAAACCUGACCAUUUGUUGUCUUCUCAGAAUGCUCAACAUCCUUUUAACUCUUUACAUUCUAGUCAUACUUCUGGAGAUAUUGGAGAGGAGGACCAGCAGAUGGCUCCCACACCCUCAGUUCAAUCUUUUCCUUUUUCCAAUGAACAAUCCCAGGUUGAAUUUGAAAAUAACAAAUUUGGAUCUCUGAGACAAUAUGGAACUGAAGCCUCUCCGUAUAAGAUACCUGCAAAUUUUUCUUCUGCUCUCAAUUCAGGUUUUCCCUAUCCAGGAAGUCAUCUUCAAAAUCAACGGAUAACUGGGACACAUGGACAGAGAUCUCAACUCAUUGAUUUGUCAUCCAAGAAAAAUGCUUUGCACUCUAUCCUAAAAGGAUCUGCAGAUGCCUUUUCACCUGAUGCAUCUGGCAGUAUUCCGCGUGAUAAUUUGGCUUCGUUGGAGGGUACAUCGCAACGAAUUGGCACUAAUGAUCCACAAGAAAGAGGGAAAGCUGCAACGAUGUCAGCCAAGGAUCACGUGCUGGCUUCUCAGCCUUUUUCCAGGCCUGACAUUUUUCAACAUGAUGCUUCUGCACAACUCCUGCGUAAUAUGUCGGCCAAUGUUCCUACACAUAAAAAUACUUUGGGUUCUCCACAUCACAAGGUGUCAUCAAAUUUUUUGCAGUCUCCCCUGCCAAAUAUUGUUGAAUCAAGCUCUUCCAUUUCCCUGGCUCAAGGUGAUCAUGAUGUGAGAAAAGAGAGGAAUUUCCCAUCUGAGUUUGGUGCAAUUCCUACAAACUCUCAAGGUAUCAGUGGGGAAGAGGAAAAGUUGAAAGAAAGUUCUAAUCAGCAACUUGGAAAAGCUGCCUCCAUCAACCAUCUGUCUGAUGAUUCUCCUGCAAAUUCUGCUUCAACACAAAAGGACAUUGAAGCCUUUGGUCAAUCUUUGAAGCCAAAUAGCUUCUCUCAUCAAAAUUUCUCCUUACUAAAUCAAAAGUGGGCCAUGAAGGAUGUGGAGACUGAUCCAAACAAUAGGGUCUCAAAGAGAAUAAAAGGACCAGAUAAUGAUCUGCGUGUUCAUCAAGUAGCUUUGAACACAAGGCAGUCAAAUGAACGUAGUGCUCUUAUUGGAGAUUCAUUAGGUUCUAGUACUACAGUUUCUUCUGGAGAUGGAGGAAUUCUAAGCUUUUCCAAGCCAGCUGACUUAUUGGAAAGUAACAUAUCUUCUCAACAUGGAAAUAUAGCUACAAAACUUGGAUUUGGUCUAGAUGUUUCACAAAGCAACUUUCUUAGUGAUACUACAGCUUCUGUUAAAGUUGAGCAACCUCAUGUUAGUCCUCAGAUGGCUCCAUCCUGGUUUAAUCAGUAUGGAACUCUUAAAAAUGGGCAAAUGCCAGACACAGUCACCUCUUUGAGAACUGCAGAACAAUCUUUUCCUCUUUGGAAGUCUUCCAGUAAUUUUCCUGCACUUAGUCUGAUGGAGCACGGAACUGAUGCUGCUGUUGAUACAUGUCGAGUUGAUAACAUCCUUAAUUCUGCACCCACAUCAGUAGCAACUGGGCCCAAGAAGCAGAAGAAUGCUACUUCUAAACUUCAUCCUUGGCACAAAGAAUUAUCACAGGGUUCACAGAACCUUCAGAUUCACAGCUUAGCAGCAGUAGAAUGGGCUAAAGCAUCAAAUUGUCUAACUGAAAAGGUUGAAGAUGAUGUUGAAUUCAUUGAAGAUGGACCACCGAUGCAUAGAUCAAAAAGAAGGCUGGUCAUGACAACACAGCUUCUGCAGCAACUGUUUCGUCCUCUAUCUGCAGCUGUUUUCUCUGCUGAUGCCAGUUCAAAUUAUGAUAGUGUGGCUUACUCCGUCUCUAGAAUGGCACUAGGUGAUGCGUGCAGUGCAGUUUCUUGCUCAAUUAAUUCAAAUAUGGCGUGUAAUGGAAUAAACUUACUUGCUGCUGAGGGCACACCAUCAAGCAAGAAUGGCGAUAAGCAUUUUGCAGAAGUUAUUGAAGAAUUGAUGGGUAGAACGAGGAAGCUAGAAAAUGAAUUCUUGAGACUGGAUAAUAGUUCACCAAUACUGGACCUGAAAAUCGAAUGUCAAGAUAUGGAGAAGUUUUCUAUCAUCAAUAGAUUUGCUAAGUUCCAUGGCCGGGGACAAACUGAUAAUAUGGAGACAACAUCGAUGAGCGAUGUUAUGGCAAGUACUCAGAAAACUUGCCCUCAGAGAUAUGUUACUGCACUUCCAAUGCCUAGAAGUGUUCCGGACAGAGUACAAUGUCUAUCACUAUAA